AAUAAAAAGCACUUUCAAAUUUUCCCGCCUUUUUUAAAAUUUACCGUUACGGGAGGAUGGUAAACAAAUUUUUCAAAAACAUAACCCAAUAUUUUUUGAAAAGUAAAACAUGACAGACCGAUUUAUAUCGUCUAUACAUAUUGAAAAAUUAGGCCACAAAUUACAAGAGAUUCGUGAGCGAGCACUGCUUAAUAUCUUAUCGAAAUUGGAUCAUGGAUUUGUUUACGACAAUGAUCUGGCACGCAGUAGAGAAUUAUUGUCCAAACUUUUCCAGUGGUUCGAGUUCAAGCCGUGUUUAUACCAAGAGGAGGUGCUAAAGCUGAUACAACGCAUACUUACGUCAGAUAGUGGUUCAAUUCUAAUAAAUCAUUAUGGCACUAAAACUAUUGUUGACGAAAUUCGACAAAUGCGAUCCAACAUGGAUCGAAAAUUGUACCCGGAUGUCGACAUGCUUUUACAUGCAGUUGAGGAGAACGGAAACGGCGGUGUUCCACCUUUACGCAGUGACCUGCCAUUAAGUUAUCGAAGUGGAGAGGAAGGGUUGGAGAUUCGACCCGCACUUACAGUUGGAUCUACUGCCACAACAAUUGAAGGCAUUAUUCAACACGAUUCCAGUUUGGAACCACAAACUGGCGUGAGCACGAGCAAAAUCAACCAUGUACCUACUCCCGAUGGUCUCUGUAUCAAUUUUACUCUCAAGUGGCAACCAUUAAUCGCAUCUGAUAGACACGUACUGGAAUCGAUCGAGGAUUCCUUGAGAAAUCCAACUGACCCCUCAUCGCUGCUAUAUUCCUGCGAAUUUUUCCUGGACGUUAUGCUACAAGACUUCCCGGCCGAGGUCUUUUUACAGAGACCUUCAAUUGUUUUACUUUUUCUGGACUAUAUGAGGACGUCGGUUUCGUCACGGUUGACGAAUGCGAUAUUAAAUUGUUUUAUUAAACUGACAAAGUGUCUUAAAACUAGAAUUUUCUAUUAUUCUGAUCCGUCAAUGCACAAUAAAAAAGAAAAGAUAACAAUCGAAAUAUUUUCUGGCACAUCAUCACCGUUGAAUGCUCCACCGCAUGUUCACCAUACCUUCGAAGGAGAAGAUGAAACUCUGCUAAAAUCCAAACAGCUGCUACUGCCUCAGUAUUGCUUCACAAUAAUGUUAGCGAUUUUCCAAUUUCUCUGCGUCAAACCAGAAAGCUUGAGAAGAGAGUACACAAGCAAGAAAUCUAACCUGAUUGGCACUAAUUUAGCACUUGCGCUGUUAGACGAGCUUAUUUUUUUGUUGAACUUGUGUCUUAAAUCGAAUGCAUGGGACAAAAAAUCUGCGCCCGGUGUUAUUGAGGUUUUACACACUUUCGAAAAAGUUUUAGAAAAAUUUGCCGAAGCCCUCGAACACUUUAGAUUAGAGGUGACAAGUGACGAAACCAAUACAACCAACAGAACCACACAUCUUCGGCUUCUUUCCAGCUGCUGCAAUCUAAUAAUCCGCCUGAUACCUUUAAACGUCGCCGAUUUUAUCUUACCGAAACAAAUGAAGAACGCUUUAUCUAACUGCUUACUUGACGUUUCAUUGGCACGUCUCUAUCCGAACAUCCACGAAAACAUCCUCCAGUUUGUAAAGGAAUUUGGAGGACGAUUUGAAACCGACUCAGUCGCCAAGUACAAGGAGGUCAAUCAAGUGUGCCAAUCGAUAAGCAGCGUGGUCAAACUCCUCCGUACCUCGGAUUCCUUGCCAGUUUUAAAUGCGAUGGAGUUAGCAAACGAUGCCGUGCUAAGCUUAGGAUUUCAUAAGAACUCGUCAUUUAUUAAUCUAGUAAUAAAUUUAUGUGCUAACAAACUACCGGCAACUAAAAAAGAAGAAUGCUUCCAAGUUGCGGAAAGUGUUUUACUUAAGUUGUUGGCGCACAACCACAUGGAAUUACGUCAAGAGACCUAUAGACAGUGUGAAAGUCGAAUUAUAGCAACCAUCGGGCCAAAAUUCAAUGCGACCGGUGCUGGGGCGCCGGGGUCGCAAAUAUUAUUCCUCCUGCGAGCACCCAUACUACUAGAAAUUAGUCUUUAUGGGCUUACCAGUGAGAAUAAGGAGAUACAAAAGUAUGCCGAUAAUAUUCUGGUCCAUAUAUUAAAAUGCCAAAUACUUGUCACAGAGAGUAUAUGGAAUAAAGUGAUCGAUGCCAUUCUGCCCGUUCUGCCAAUUUUAAUUUGUCAUGCGACAAAAAUGACUGUACUAGGCCGUUCCAUUGUGGGAAUACUAGAUCCGGACACGGCGAAAACGUUUCUAAUCCCUCCCCUAGAGGUGUUAAAAAGCAACUUAUGUCUGCUGUUUGUGGGCGAUAGUUUAGCAAGGGAAGAAGCUGUAAGUCGUUUAUGCUGGUUAUUGACAACUCAGACAAAUUCCCGCAAUUUACUUCCUCGAAUGAAUAGUCUCAGAGAUAAGGCUUUGAGUAAAGCUUGUCACGUGCAGCGAGUGGCUGAUAUCAAUAGAGAAAGACCAGCACAACACUUUUAUCAGGCAAAUGCAUUACAUCAUGUGUUGGAAUUGUUAAAUGCUAAAGAUGUCGAACCGACAAUCAGAAGGUCUGCUCUAACACAAAUAAGCGUCAUGCUAGAGGAUCCACACCUGCACUAUGCCUUUCUCGACAAUAAUGGCAUUGGAAUUGUAUUAAAUGCGAUCGAAAACGCCUUGAUGGAAGUCGCGUAUAAAGAUUACGUUGACUGUAUUAUUCCGUCGAUUGCGAUUUUGAAGUACAUUUGUUUGCAUAGUUCGUCGACACGCCAAGAACUGUGCAGUAAUUUUGACCUGUAUUGCAAUAUUUUACGAGGAUUGUUUAUCUUUUGCUCAGAGGAGCGUGUCCGGCAAGACUGUAGUACGUUGCUGUGUUUAUUGUUAUUUAGCGGGUAUGUGCUGGGCUCGCCUGCUAGCAUGGACUUGUCUUUACCGUUUUUGGUGGUGGACCAACUGUCAUUACCGUUUAGUUGUAACAGCCAUUGGCGAGCUAGUAAACACGCUUUACCAGAUCUACAAGCAUCACUUUUAUCUGAUAAAUGGUGCCGGAAUUCAAUUCAAAUACAUUGGAACUCGGAGUGGUUUGGUGGAUUUGCCGAAAUUCUACGAUGGAAGGAAAUUCAGCAUUCGGAGUUCAGUAGUGAUUUACGCCUGAAUAACAAUUCUUUACUCAUUUUGAAAAGUUCGUGUUUAGAAUACUGUAUUUUCCAAUGUUUAAUGGACAUACAGAACGCAAUAUCGCACAGUUCCAUAGUGGACAGCAUUAGCAAACUCGACAGUUACAUUCAUUUGUUUACACUUACGAAACAAGACGAUCUUGAAAAGGCAGCUCUACUGAAGUUCGCGUGGGAAUCCAACUUCACUCGGUUUCUCAAUACUCCCCCUGCGACUGAAGAGGAUAAUUUAGUUUUAAUGGCCGUCCUAAAGCUUCUGUCUAAACUUGUGCCGUUUUACUCUCUACAAGACGACACUUGUUGGAUUGUGACAAUUUUUAAGACACCCUCCCAUGUCUUACCGAAUUUGCUGCAGAUCGAAUCCAGUCCCGAUUUCGAAAUAAAACCAUUACACCAAGAGUUGUUAUAUUUAAUUACCGUGUGCGUGUGGCACGACCAACAUUACCUCGACUUGCAUUGCGUGAGGCCACCCGAAGCACAGACGUCCGCCUGGUUGCAUAUUAUAAAAACGAUUUCGGAAAAUUUGAAAUUUACAGAAUCUCAGCAUUUUUACAACUUAUCCUACUUAGACUGUAUGCUAUCCUGUUUGGUGCAUUUAACGACGGCGCUAGGUUGGAGUUCUAAUAAAAAGAGCCUAAUUCCGCGUGAUCCAAUUCCGCGACUGAUAACAGGGUUGUGUGAGCUAGUGAGUGCUUUCCAUUGUGGUAAGGGAUCUUCAGCGGCCGAUUCGUUAAUGGGUCUCAGCAUAACACGUCACAUUACACUCAUCUUAAAUAAUCUGCUGUUAGAAAUGCAGUAUGUCGAUGCAAAGGGGUGGGAAAUCUACUUUCUCUCGGAUCAAGACAUUGAGGAAAGCAUAUUUUAUAGCAUUUGCGCUCUGUGGUUAAGCAGAGAUGUGGUCUUGCGCGCCGCCAUUUUGCAAUUGCUCGCCGGACUUGCGAUGUCGCCGAGAGCCGCAAUUGAGUUAGUACAACAAAUCAAGGAUUGCAAAACAGGGUAUGGAGUUUGGGAAACUAUGCUCGCCAUUCUGUUAGAUAAUGAUGAGGCGAGUAUAGUCAGGGAGAAUGCUGCGAAUGUUCUGUUUAAUUUAACCAGUCAUACCGAAUCGUCGACUACUAAUCUGACUAUUAUAAAUAGUUUAGUCCCAUGUAAACAUCCAAAGGCAGACACCGCAAUUACAUUAAUCUUGGAGAAACUGCAACAAUUUAAAUUUUUUACUGAAUUACCAAAGAUUUUGGAAAUUUUGUACUUGAAACCUGAUUUUACCAGAUCCGACGAAGCAAGAAUGACUGAAAUUUCACCUCACAAUCUACACGUGAAUGAUGAAGUAAACCUUGCGUACACUAGAAAUUUAAUACAGCAUACAUCACUGCCUAAUAGUCCAAAAAAUGUAGAUGUUGUAAUCACUCCUGUACUAGUGAAAAACAUUUGCAUGUUUGUGUGUAAUUUACUUCUGUUGUCGGAGAAUAAAGUCAUACACCUCCUACAAGAUUCUGGAUUAAUAAAACUGUUCUUUCGAUGCCUUUCAAAACCGCAUACCGAUGUUAAAAGCACAAGAGAUUUGGCCCUUUAUUGCGACAUUUUAGAAAUGAACGCGUCCAUAUGUUCCGUUCUCACGAGAGCGGUGAACGGAAACGCCGCAUGCCGCAACACGGUGAUCCACACGCGCGACUGCUUCAACAUUUUGCUUUCUCUCCUAAAUCCCAACUUAUACUACGAGAGUUUAGCCCAGUUGGUUUAUUUGCGCAAUAAGUUGUGGACCGAGAUAUUUGUAUUAGUUGGCGCUUUACUGGAAGACACAAUGGUAUUUGAAGCUUUGGGCGUUGUUACUAAUUCAUUGAAUGAGUGUGGGCAUCAGGCAUUUUUACUAACGCUUUGCGAAUCGAUUAGCGCGAAUUCGUCAUUUGAUCUGCAAACGUCCGCCUUAAUGUCUCUUACGUCAUUGCUACGUGCUGAAGCUGAGACAAAAAGCUGCGAAACUGAGCGCGGUAGUGUUGCCUUGAACUCACCGUCAAUGACGGCAAUAUUAGACACUGUGAAAACGCCAAGAAGUUCUUUUGAGCAAAUCGAAAUUGACAAAUCUGAUAAGCCAAUCGAAGUCCUGUGGGAACAGAAACGUGACAAUGCCACGCCUGGCCAGGAUAAACUAAAUGUAUUUGAAAAUUCGUACUUUAGUCAAGUGCGUAACAAACUAUUAGAACUAAGUCACAAACGCAGCCAAUGCGAAACUGAAAGUGAAACUGCACAGGAUGAUGCACUUAUGGCAGGAGCAACGCUAUGCAAGAUUUUACUGCAUCUUUACGACGCCAGCACCAUUCGAAAUAGAGAUAGGAAAAAAACUGUGAUUACAAAUACAUUGACGAGCAUUUUGGCAGUUUCCUCUGAGGCGAAGAAGCUAGCACUUCACAAUGGACUCAUGGAAACAAUAGUUAAACAAUUGAAAGAGUUGCAAGUAAAGUUAAGUUUAGAAUCUGUUGCGUGCUUGCGCCGACUUACCGAUAAAAAAAGGGUUUGCCCCAUUCUCCGAGAGUUCGGAAACGUGAUUGGGUUGACGACGAACUUUAUGUUGGGGGACGAAAGCGUGAAAUGCGCCGCGGCCGUCCUGGGGUUUUCCGACGUAAUCCACAAGUUGUGGGUGUGGCUCUGUGCGGAUCGGACAUUGUUGAGCGACGGUGUAAAAAUGCUGUGCACUUAUUCCACCAACUGCUACUUAGCCUGUCAGUCUAUGACGUUAACCAGCGCAGUUGCGGGGACCGGCCCUCGCAAGGUUCCGAGUGCUGUUUCGUUGCUUCACGAGCUUGUUAAUCUUGUGGAUCGAGAAAUGGAUUUAGUCAGCCGUACUCAUGAGUUGGGCAUUUUCGAAUUGGUCUUCCAUUUGUUGCAAAACGCCUGCUCCGUUUUGGAAUGCAGACAUAUACUAAUUAAAGCCAACAUCCUUCAGUGUGUGUCCCGAUUACAUCCGGCAAUCACUAAGAGACAAAAGACGUGGGAAAAUGUGGAAGUGAUUUGGUUGGAAUUUCUAUUUGCCUUGACAGGAUAUGCGGAGGGACAAUUGGGCGUAGCGAAAGCCACUGAAGCUCUAGACAUUGUUAUGAUGCUUACGACCAGUACAAAAUCAGUUAGCAGAAACAUGGCACUGCUAGUGUUGAGAAAUAUAUCUUUCCACCAGAGUAACCGCCCUCGUCUACUAAACUCUGCUGAUUUCAUUAAAAUUCUUCAAAUGAAAUUAACUAGCGGUACAAUGCAAGAAAAAAACGUGGUAGUCUCAAUCAUAUGGGCAUUGAUUGCUAAUAAUCAGCGUGGAAAAUUAAUACUGAAAUGCGCAGGGUUGGAUGUUCGAUUGCACGAGGUGAUUAAGCAUAUAAGUGUAUCGCCUGAGGAAGCCAUUGACGUUGAAUGCUUUAGUAAGAUGCAAAGGGUGUUAUCCAUUCUUAAAGAGGGUGAAAAAGUGAGAUAAAAGUGUCUUGUUUAUAUUAUUUAUUUAUUUACAAUUAUUUUAUUAGAUGUUAAGAUUUUAUAUUGACAUAUUUUAAGUACCUACACAAUUAUAUGUUUUUAAAGUUAAUAUUACCUACAGUAUACUAUAGAUUGCUUAAUUCCAUUGAUACUAUUAUUAGGAAAAAAAUACUA